AUGAUCUCACCCUACCAGAAGACAAAGGAGAAAAGGAUAAACCCGUUCAUGUGUCAUAGAAGAUUAGGAAUUUACAGGAAAAAAAAAUAUAUGGGUAGGCACCAGUUCAUUUACGUGUCCUUGUCUGGCCAGAUUUACACCUACGAGGACUACAAAGACGUCGUGAAGGUGGACAACCACAUCCUGAAAGAGCUAAACAUAUCCAAGAAAGGCUCAAAGUCGAGCAUACAAGAUGUGAAUUCCCUGUACAGUAGAGUCAAUGAUCUGGUGCACCUCGGGGGAGAGGCACAUUUGGAUGAAACCAUGUUCGAAUAUUACUGCAUCCCUCAAUCCAUCAUAAGCGAGUACAACAGCCUAGGAGUCUACGAGCUAUACAAGGUGCAGGCGGACUGCUUGAGGGACAUCCUUCAGAAUGAACAAAUCGAAAAUAGUGUGCAAAGUAAGGUAGAGGAAAUGACGCAAGAGGAAAGAACUGCUGAUGAAAAAUAUUCCCCAAGCAUAGACUACUUUUCCAACGCGGAGUCCUUCUCCUCCCUGGAUGAAUUCAAACACAUAUAUGAAGAAAGAAGAGGGUGCGAAGUAUACCCACGGAGGGGGUCAACAAACGCACACGUCUGUCACGACAAAUGGAACAUAGUAUGCCUGAAAGCUGACACAAAGAAUAACUUUUUUUACAAGAAUUUCCUAUUCAACAUCCCAACAGGGAUGGGAAAGACCAUAAUAUACGACAUUUUAAUGAUUCGAAUGAUCCUUUACAAGGGGUACAGAGCUAUAUUAGCCCUCCCCACAAUGGCACUCAUUAAUGAAAAAAAUGAUUACUACGAAAAGCUCCUCGGAGAAAACAGCGUGUCGCUAAAUAUAAGAAAAUUUAACAGCUCCAAUUUUAGUGGAAACUCCUACGACAGGUCCACCGACAUUGCCAUCUGCACGUAUGAACAAGCCAACAACAUAAUCAACAUUAUUAUAAAAAAUAACUUAAAGUCCAGUUAUAUUAUUAUCAUGGACGAAAUUCACUACAUUAAUUAUAUGCGGAGAUCCGUUUUCAUCGAGCUGUUGCUCACGAAAAUUAAGUACAUCCAGGGGAACUACGAGAAUGACUUUAAAUUCCGGCUCUAUGGCUUUUCCGCAACGUUGUCUAAUGCGCAUCAGUUGGGCGAAUGGCUGGACGCCAAGGUGCACGUGAGCGAGGAUAAGAAUCAGAAUAUAAAGCACCUGUACAAGAUAGGGAACGCGAUAUACAAAGACAUACACCAGCAGGAGCUUGAGAGGACGCUGGAUGUGCCAUUCCACCUGGACCCGGACCAUCUGGUGUACCUGCUGAGCGAGGAACUCAUUCUUCAGAGAAACGUUCUGAUCUUUUGCCGAACGAAGAAGAAAUGCGAACAGGUGGCGCAUUUUAUAAGCAUCAUUAUGCCACACUUUUUAAAAAACAGGGAUUACAAGGUAAAGACAGCGGUGUUGGAAAGGAGGGAGAAGCUUGUGACAGAACUGAAGAAUCUAAGCGUACAGACUCCGGACGUGGAUAAGUUAAUCCUCAGGGGGAUUUUCUAUCACCACUCGGAGUUGCAGAAUAAGGAGAAAGGAAUAGUGGAAGAUGCAUUUAGGAGCAACACCCUUUUCUGCCUGUGCUGCACGACGACCCUGUGCGUGGGGGUGAGCUUCAACGUGCACACGAUAAUAAUCCGUGACAUACGGAUAGGCAGGUCGUUCAUGACAAAGGACAUGAUCAUGCAGAUGUCGGGGCGUUGUGGGCGCGUGAAGAAGACGCGCGAUGGGAAGUACCUCGCUGGGGAAGCAGGCGGUGCGAACAGCGCGGUAAGCAGUAGUGAAGUCCUCGCGCAAGACGCCAUGUGCAACUCCGUGAAGGACUACGACGAGGAUUGCGACGGGAAGGUCCUGGUUUUCCUCAAGCCAUGCGAUAAGCGGUACAUGGAAAAAAUCCUAAAGGAUGAUAUGAACAUGUGCAACUUGAAAUCAACGCUGGACAACUUCCAACUUUGCAAAUUCAUCCUGGAGUUCAUCGAUCUGAAUCUGAUCAAGACGAAGAAGGAGAUGUUAGAUUUCCUCCUUCUGUACACACUUAAGUUUUUUAAAGUGCAUGAAAAGGAGGAAAGGAAAAGUGGCGCCAAUUGUAGGAGCUCCGUGAAUUAUACAGACUUAAUAAUGCAGGAAAUAAAGCAGACUUUCCAAUACCUCUUCGAAAACAAACUCAUCAUCAUACCAUACGAGAAGGAGCAGUCUUACUACUACUACGUGUUUGCAAAAAUAUAUAACAUCAACCUGUACAAAAUGGAAGAGAUUUUCGACUUCCACUUACUAUGCCAGUACAUUAACGUGGACACUUUAAUUAAAUGUAACAUACAGCAGAAAAUGGACUUAUUUAAAAAAUUGCAUAAUAAUUACAAAAGGAAGGAGUUUAUGAACAAGGGAAAAAAAGAAAAACCUUUUUUUUCCCUCCCUUUUUUAACCAUUUUACUCAUUUUCAAGGAUACAAAGCUUAAUAAAAGCAUCUUCCAAAAUUUGUUUGUGCAAUUUGUAAAAUAUUUAUUUCUCCUUAAUAUGAACAGCAGGCAAUUCGAUUUUUACGUGUAUGACAUUUUGAGGGACGACGAUGUGAUUGGCUGCACGGAGGCUUCUCCGUAUGUGCACCCCAUCUUCAACGCGCUGGAAUUCAUUUUCAACUUUUCCUUCAUUCAGUACGUGUACGUCAAAGGUUUCCCCACGGACAUCCUGUUGAUGAUUUUCGUCUUCUGCAUCUACCCGGAAGUUUCGUUCAAAAUCAACUUUGACGUGUACGAGGAGGUGCUCAAGUCUAGACGGGGCCCCGAGGGCGGGGACGUGCGGAAGAUUUUUCAGUACUUCGAUCUGAGCAUUGACAAGCUGAAGCGUUUCAGGGAUGGCAGGAACAACGAUCUUAGCGCCAAGUGCGCCAUGAAAAUGAUGCGCGGCGAGAUCGACAUCGACGAGAUCUACGAGAACUUCGAGUGGGCAAAAAUCAAGCGCUUUUACUUUUCCCUCAUCGUGUACGACCUGUUCAGCGAGGACAUCUAUACCGUGGCACGCAAGUACGGACUCGAAACGAGUGAAAUAAAAUCAUUGUACUCGAAGUGCUUGUACAACCUGGUCUUCAACUGCAAAGCCUUGCGCAACUUUAAAAAUUCUUUGGACAUCUUUUGCAUCGUUCUGGAUAAUCUCAUUUUAAAAAUGAGGUCCAAAAUUUUAAACUUUACUCUUUAA